AUGGCCCAAACGAUUGCCCUCUCCAAUGGGCAUCUCAUGCCGAUUUUCGGUCUCGGAACAUGGCAAGCGAAACAGGCGCAACCCGACCAAGUUCGUCUAGCCUGUGUCGAGGCGAUCAAGGCUGGCUAUCGGUUGAUCGACACGGCUGCUGCCUACCAGAAUGAGAAUGAAGUUGGACAGGCUGUUAAGGAAUGCAUCGCUGCUGGGAUCAUCAAGCGAUCGGAUAUCUUCAUCACGACUAAGUGUUUCAUCACCACUCUCCACCCGGACAAAGUCGAGCCAGCUUUGAGGGGCUCAUUGGAGCGGUUGGGAAUGGACUUUGUGGAUCUCUAUCUUGCACACAUGCCCGUUGCUUUCAAUCCCGAUUUCACUCAAGACCCCAGUGUCUCCGUGGAGAUGACCUGGAAGGCCCUGGAAUCCGUGUACAAAAAGGGUUUGACCCGAGCCAUCGGUGUCUCCAAUUACAGCAUUGAUCAGAUUGAGAGAGUGAUGAAAAUUGCUGAAGUGCCCAUUCAUAAUCAACAGGUUGAACUCCACCUCUACUUUCCCCAGUUUGAGAUGGCCAGCGCUUGUCUGAAACACAAUAUCUCGUUGACAUCCUAUUCGACGCUUGGAAAUCCGAGUCGAAUGGAGUACAAAACACCCGAUGGAAGGCCCAAUCCCUUCUUCGAAGCCCCAGCCGAUCUCGAUGAUGCCUAUGUGAAAGAGUUGGCUAAAAAGUACAACAAAUCGCCAGCUCAGAUCCUUCUCCGUUACUGCAUUGAGAGAAACAUCGCUGUCAUUCCGAAAUCGGUGACUCCCAGCCGAGUCCGAGAGAAUUUCCAAGUUUUCGACUUCAAAUUGACAGCUGAUGAAAUGGGAAAACUGCGUAAACCAGCUCACACCAUUCGACUCUACCCUCAAGAUUUCAUGAAAGGUCAUCCAGAGGAUUUUCUGAAGCACGAGCGC